AUGGGAGGACAAGCAACGUUCGCGGGCGUCCCGCUGUCGCUCAUCUCGCUCGUAACGCUCACUGUGCAGAACUCUGCCUUGACGAUCGUACUGCACUACAGCCGGAUCUCGGUGCCCAAGGACAAGAUGUACAGCGCAGCGAGCGCAGUUUUGCUCAACGAGCUGCUCAAGGGCGCCAUCUCGCUCUCCAUCGCGUUUCGGAAUGCGGUCAAGGCGGCACCCUCGUCUGGCAACGACUACUCGCGGCUUGAAACGGCGGACGAGCACGAACGGCGAAGAGGGCCUGUGCACGGCGAGGCGGUCAGUGUAGAGCGGAUACAGGCAGGCGGGCGGAAAAUGUGGCGGGAGGUAUUCAGCAGCGACUGCUGGAAACUCUCAAUCCCAGCAUGCCUCUACGUCGUCCAGAACAAUCUUCAAUUCGUCGCCGCCUCGAACCUCGACGUCCCAACCUUCCAAGUCACCUACAACCUGAAAAUUCUUACUACCGCCCUCUUCUCCGUCUUCCUCCUGCGAAGACGAUUAUCGGCGCGGAAAUGGCUCGCUUUGCUGUUCCUCGCGGCAGGCGUUGGUGUCGUCCAGCUCCAAUCGUCGACAGCAUCGGGUUCGACGUCGCACGGCUCGCACGAGAUGGACAAGUACAAGGGGCUCGCGGCCGUCUUUUGCGCCUGCAUGACCUCCGGCCUCGCAGGCGUCUACUUCGAGAUGGUCCUCAAGGGCAGCAAGGCCGACCUCUGGAUCCGAAACGUCCAGCUAUCCUUCUUCUCCCUCCUUCCCGCCGCCACGGCCGUCUUCGCUCCCGGUUUCCGCCUCUUUGGCGGCGGCUCAACCACUCCAAACCCGACCGCUGGACAGCCGGUCUUUGCAAACUUUGGCGGGUGGGCAUGGGCGGUCGUGUUAAUCCAGGUCUUCGGUGGACUUGUCACGGCGCUGGUCAUCCGGUACAGCGACAACAUCAUGAAGGGCUUUGCGACCUCACUCGCCAUCGUCCUGUCCUUCUGCGCCGGAAUCGUCCUUUUCGACUUCCAGGUCACCCUCUCCUUCCUCGUCGGCACUUGCAUGGUCGUUGCGAGCACGUACAUGUACAACUCGCCAGACGCACCUCGACGGUCCGGCACCGACAGCCCGCUCCCCUCCUCCCUCCCCUCCCCCUCACUCGCCAAGGGUCCCUUCAUCCCUGCGAUUUCGGCGCGCGGCCUCUCAGGCUCGAAUCCCAUCUCAUCCCAUUCCUACACUCCAGCCGCCAACUUCGCUCUCCACGCAACCGCAUCCGGCACAACCCCUUCCAUGGCCGAAGCAGCCGGCCUCGCCUCAGCAUCUUACAGGCGUUCUGUCUCGGGCCCGCUAGGCGCGCAAACGCCCGAUCACUCGGUCGCGGUCUUCCCGCUCGACAACCGCCGGUCCCUCGAACACACCCACAGCCACAGCGCCAACACCUCGCUCUACGACCCGCCUCGGGACAGCGUACCACCCCCAGCGCACCAGUUUGCGUUCCCGGCGUCUGUGCCGGGCAGCCCGCAAGACCCGCUUCGACCGCUUGCCCGGGUGCGAGCCGCGGAACAAGCGGCGACGAACGGGACGGGCAUGCCUGAGCGGAAGGACAGCAUGCCAAUUAUGGCGGACCCAGUGGCAGGCGAGGGGUACUCGAGUGGAAGGGCACCGGGAACGCCGGCGAGUCCUGACCCGAACGUGAGGAGUAGGAGUCCGUUGCCGAGGACUGCAUAA